AUGCUUCAGAGCCGUGACUAUAACGGGAGAGGGGGCUACAGUGGUAGAAGUGGCUAUUAUGAAGGAUCAACGGUGGGAAAUACUUUAGAUCAACGGUCAGGAGGCGCUGUAGCUGUGGGUUUAGGGGCAGCUGGAACGGGAGGGGUUGGGGAGAUUGGGGGAGGAGCAAUUGGGGCAGGUGGCAACCCCAGAAUACCCCACGUGGACUCGCCAGGAGCGACAGGGGGAGGAGAGGAUAGGCCAGCCAGAGAGCGAUUGGGGAUGGGAGGCAGGGGGGAAGGGGGUGGAGAUGCGCUCCGGCAGCAACGGUUCUCGGAUUCGACGGAUAUCGGCCCUGAAAUUGUCAGUUCGGCAGCCCGGUGGGCGCCAAUCAACGGCAGCUUCGUCCUUUCCUGGAUCCCUCCUUCCAAGGCUCGGCUCCAAGCCAACAUCUCCCAACCAGAGCUCUACCCGGUUCUCUUAGACGUGAUUCGUUACAAUGAAGAAGCUCAACUCACCGCCGCUAAAGCGGGGCUAGAGCCUCCCAAGGCGUGGAGAGGGCCGGCGUGCCCGGUGUUUGAGUUUGGGUUCGAGCGGUUCCCUGGGAUUGGGUCGUGCUGGGAGGCGGGGAUUGCGGAUGAGAAGCGUGCGGCGACGCGGCCGCCUGUGAACUGCAAGGGGGUGGACCCGACUUGCAUUCAGAAGAACGACCUGCUGCCCCAUAACAAGUGGUCCGCUCAGGUGCUAGUUCUCCGUAACGUGUAUAUAAAUGUGGUGGGGCAGGUGUUUAAUGCAACACAUAUAUUCGACCACAACGCGUGUGCCGGCAGUCCCAACAUCACGGUCACCCUGCCCUUCCGCUACACGGCCAACCGCACGCGUGUCACCCACUUCAAGGAGCUCGUCUCCCUCGUCGACUGGUUCGCCUGGUCCACGCGCGCCAUGCUGCUCGACCUCAUACCGCUCUUCAUCUCGCUGCACCGCAUUCUGCCAGCCAUGAGGGGAGUGCCGGUGGCUGUGGGGCACAGGCGGCCGCACGUGAGGAAUGGGUUGGAGCAGCUGUGCUCGCUGGGAGCGGUGGACGUGCUGGGAGUGCAGGUUGACAGGAUGAACGUGCACGUGGUGAAGGCCAAGGACCUGUUCUUUGCAGAGAAGCUUGUCAUUCCACUCCAUCAGCGGUGUGGGGAGCCCAGCCGCUCGCUUUGGCACUAUCUGCGCAUGAGACACCUGCUGCCUUCCGGGGGGCUGCCCAUUUUCAAUCCAGACUGGACGUCCAGGUUCAACGGAUCUGCCACUCCACCGUACACACCCCAUGCCUACGCCCCAGGCAGCAACUGGGUGGUGCUGCUGGGGUGGAAGGAGCAGCGCGCAUCUCUCCUCCAAAGCCUCAAGCUACACGAGCACCUCACCCGCCUCUUCCCCCCCGAACGGGUCGUCAUCUACCGGGAAGGCUCCAUCUCCCUCCCCCGCCGAAAAGACCUGCUGAACCGCGCGCUCCUCAUGGUAUCAGUGCACGAUAAUAUCCUGGCCGAUAUUGUCUUCAUGCCGCCCGGAUCCGCCGUGCUGGAGAUCCGCCCGGUGGAGAAUCCGGACGUGAUCUUUCACCAGCUGGCGGAUAUCUGCGAGAUUGAGUAUUAUUUGGCGAAGGUGUUUGCGCGAGCAAAUGCAAUGAGACGGAAAGGUGGGUAG